AUGGCUCAUAAGGCUACGACAGAGAUACCAGAAGAGAUUGCGGAAGCACGUAUAUGUGACUUAUGGAAGAGUGGAGUGGGUUGGAGGUAUCAUCACAUUGAGCCAUACGUCACAAUGGACACAAAGCUACGCCUAGCGGCGGUUGUAGUUGACGAGAUAUCAGAGGCCAGAGACAGAGUGUCUUGGGGACACACGCAGGACGGGGAAUUUUCAGUUAAGUCCACCUACGCUUUUCUCACUCAGGAUACUAAACUGAAACAGAAUAUGAAUGGUUUGUUUACACGGGCCUGGCAUGCGGUGGUACCGGAGAGAAUCAGGGUGUUCUUGUAG